ACAAAAACAUGCACGGUGGCAUACUCAUGAGAGCUACUCUCCUCCUCCUCCUCAUUGUGGUGGCGCCGACGGUGGGCGUCGUCGGCAGAGCCACGGAAAAUUAUCACGACGACGGCGAAAGACUCUCCACGAGCUCAAAGCUUCUGAGCAGUCUUACCGAGGCCGCCGUGAAUAAUCCAGCAAUGAACUUGUUGGAUCCUCUCGGGAUAGCCAAGACGAACCGAGAGAUCGUUAGGAGCGCGCUACGGUUCCCGCGCCCAAAGGACUAUAUCGAGGGCGCCAUUCGCAUUUCUCUACAACAGUUUAAGGGCGUGAUCAACGGCGUCGUGGAUUUGGCGGAGAAAACGGACGACUCUCUCAACCGAAUGGCGGUGGAGGAUUGUCGCGAGUUGAUGAAUUACGCCAUUGAUGAGUUGCAGGACUCGAUGACCUCGGUGGAUGAUUGCCCGCUCAUGUCUCUCUCCCACCGGUUAUCGGACUUGAUGAACUGGCUGAGCGCCGUCUUGUCGUAUUCCAACACGUGCAUCGAUGGGUUCACGAAGCCCGGUCUUCAGUCUGCCAUCAACGGCAUACUCAAGACCUGCAUCACCCAAACCGGUCAAGCGCUUUCGGUCGUCUCUCUCAUUCCCCAAAUUCUCACCGGCUUGAAUAACAACAACCAGAACCCAUCACUCCCCGGUGGCCAGACCGUGUAUCCGGCUCCCAACACCAACGAUGCUUCUAAUGGCGCGGUGACCACAACAACCGCGUCAUCAGAAGGUGGUGGGGCCUCUGGAGCCGCGACAUCAGAAAAUGGUGGUGCCUCUGGUGGCGCGACCACUACAGCCGCGUCAUCGAAAAAUGGUGGCGCUUCUAGUGACGCGACCAACGCAGCCGCGUCAUCAGAAAAUGUCGACUCUUCGUCGUUUUCCUCCUCGAGUGAAGAGGCGAGCGCGACUAACAACGCAAAUUCUUUCUCAUCCUCCUCCACCGGAGUCGACCCGACCACUGUGGGGAGCGGGAGAACGCUCAAGGGGGUUCACUUCCCGGCGUGGAUGAAGAAAUCAGACCGGAAAUUAUUGGUGUCCAGGCAAAGAGGAGGGGGGGAAAGAGCGCGCGUCGGCAGCGCGAACGUGCAGCCGAACGUGGUGGUGGCACAAGACGGCAGCGGACAAUACAAAACCAUAACGGAAGCUAUCAACGCUUAUAAUCCACCGGCGAACGCGGCCCGGAACGGGACAAGACACGUGAUCUACGUGAAAGCCGGAGUUUACGAUGAGUACGUUUUGAUUACGAGGAAACAAACCAAUAUAUUCAUGUACGGCGACGGUCCGACGAAGACCAUUGUCACCGGAAAGAAAUGCAACCGUGACGGCGUUUCCACCUUCCGAACUGCCCCUUUCGCGGUGGUGGGGAAUGGAUUCAUAUGCAAAUCAAUGGGGUUUCGGAACACGGCGGGGCCGGAGGGGCAUCAGGCGGUGGCGCUGAGGGUGCAAUCCGACAUGUCGGCGUUUUACAACUGCAGAAUGGACGGAUAUCAGGACACCCUCUACACCCAAACCCACCGCCAGUUCUACAGCAACUGUAUCAUCACCGGCACCGUCGACUUCAUCUUCGGGGACGCCGCGGCGGUCAUCCAGAACUCCGUCAUCAUCGUGCGGCGGCCCAUGGACAACCAGCAGAACAGCGUGACAGCCCACGGCCGGACCCACAACGCGGAGCCCACCGGACUGGUCAUCCAGAACUGCCAGAUCAUCGCCGAGGACGCUCUCGAGGCGAACAAGACGGAGAUUCCGUCCUACUUGGGCCGGCCUUGGAAGCCGCACUCGAGGACGGUGAUCCUGCAUUCCACCAUGGGGGAUUUCAUCCGACCCGAGGGGUGGAUGCCGUGGGCCGGGGACUUCGGGCUUGACACUUGUGAUUAUAGGGAGUUCGGGAACCGGGGCCCGGGUGCGGACACGUCCCGGAGGGUGACCUGGAAGGGGUACCAUGCAUUGACCAAUGCUAAUGACGCCAUGAGGUUCACAGUGGAACGGUUCAUUCAGGGAAACCAUUGGCUUCCGGCGACCGGAGCACCGUACUUCCUCGGCCUGAAAUCCAUCCAAUGAUUCGGAUUUCCCGACGAACAUCCGAGACAACGAUGAGUUGCCCGAUGUCAUGUCUCUAGUAGUAUCUGAAAGUGUUCUCUUUUUUUCUCUCUUCUUUUCUCAUGUUUUAAUUUAGCAAACAACAAAAAUGUACAAUUGUA